AAAUAUUUAAAUAAAAACAAGCUAAACAAUGAUGCAUCUUUUGAUGCACACACUUUGAAUGACAUCUCGAUUAGAAGAACAAUGCAAUGUCAAUAGAACUUCAACGAAUACGUAUUUACGAACACCGUUAUGUAUGAAGAAAUAAAAAAAGCGACGACAGUAAUAAUAAACGUAGAUAAAAUAAUACCGUAAAAUGCGUAAAUUUUAAACGCGCAUAAACAUAUUUGUAGGUUACAGAUCACACAAUCAACAGAGGGAAAAAGAGUGAGACACUAUCGUUUCAGGGAAAAAUGAAGAAAUUGAGUCACGUGUUUCAGGCGCCAAUGAGAAGUUAGGUACGACGGCCGCCAUGACGCGUAUCGCAUUGCUUCGAACCAAUCGCAUUAUUCUAGACUCUUAUACAUGUAUAUGGUGUUCGCGUUUCGAGGAUCAGCAGUGGCAUUUCAUGGAAUCUAAGGAGAAAACGGUAAGUGUCGACGAAAAAGUCGGGAUCAAACGUAACGUAAGUUGUCAUUGCGCGGCGCGAGGAUGGCGAUGCAACGCGCAUUCGCGAAAUAAAGGUAAAUUUUGCAUCGUCUGCUUGGAGUGCACCGCGCAGGCUCGCUCAAGAUGGCCGCCCUCCUCGAUGCUGGCGCGUUCUUUCCUUCUCCCUCAUGUGUACGUUCAUAUUAUUACGCUCGUGUGUCCUGACGAGUGGGCAAAGAAAGCGGGUGGGCACGCAGACAGGCAGGCUGAGAGGCAGGAAACAAGACAGAAAGAAAGAAGGAAAGGAAGGAUAUAGGAAAGAAAGGAAGCGCGUAGUGGCGCGUGUAAAGCGACAGUGGAGGUGGCGACGACGACGGCAGCUACGGAGGCAGCAGCAGCGGAGACAGACUCGCAACCGAUCGAUACGUCCGUCGACGACGCUGCCGCCGCCGCUGCCACCGCCACCGCCACCGCCGCCGUCGAAACUAGCCAUGGUGUCCAUGGCGGUCGUCGUGCGCGUUGUUGUGGCGCGGAGCGACGAAGAAGGCGCGAGUAAUAGCGAGGACGAAAGGUGGUGGUGAGGAGAGGAGGGUCUUUGAGAUUUUCGCGCGCGCGGCCGAGUUAGGCUUCUCCCGGAUCCGGCGCGUCCGGCGGCCCUUUCUCAGAGAGAAAAGAAACUCGUCGUCGUAGUUCGCCUUUGAAGUCUGUCACGGAACGCGCAGUGCACGAGUCGCGUAACGACCGACGAAAAGGACAACGUUGACGGAGACAGACGGAGACGACGACGACGACGACGUAGACGACGACGAUGACCGUCUCGAAUCGCUCGCGUGGGGCGUGGUGGUGGUGGUGGUGGUGGUGUUGAGAGAGAGAGCGUGUGCGGUUAUAGCCCGCGACGGCGGUCUCCCCGCAGACGCGAAGCGCCCUGAGCCCUCUCCCUGUGUAACACCGGGUGACCACUCACGGGACACACAAGGAUAAGGUGAUGUAAAAGAAUAUCUCAGGAUCUACAAUUACAUUUGUUGGGCCAUUGCAAUAUAUAAAAAAGUCAAAACGGGUGACGAAGACAAAAAGAUGGUGUCUCUGCCUAAUGCAGAGUCCGGCACAAUGGACAGAAUUUCUGAUGAUGAUGAUGAUGAACCCAGUAGUGGGUCUGAAACAUAUGAGGAUGGAGAUCUUUUGACAGCAGCCAUGGACGAUGAUGUGACAGCCCAGCUAGCUGCAGCAGGUUGGCAAAUCAAACACGCUAAUGGUCCUGUUGGUGUAGCUGCAGCAGCUGCUAUUGUUUCUGCAAAGAAGAGAAAACGACCUCAUAGUUUUGAAACUAACCCCAGUAUAAGAAAAAGACAACAAAACAGGCUUCUACGAAAACUUAGACAAACAAUAGAUGAAUUUGCCACACGAGUAGGACAACAAGCUGUAGUAUUAGUAGCUACUCCAGGCAAGCCAAAUAGUAGCUACAAAGUUUUUGGGGCUAAACCAUUAGAAGAUGUAGUAAAAAAUUUAAGAAAUGUUAUAAUGGAUGAACUUGAAAGUGCAUUAGCACAGCAAGCCCCACCUCCUGUUCAGGAUGACCCAUCCUUAUAUGAAUUACCACCACUUAUAAUAGAUGGAAUACCUACACCUGUAGAAAAAAUGACUCAAGCUCAACUCAGGGCAUUUAUACCAUUAAUGUUAAAGUAUUCUACAGGUAGAGGUAAACCUGGUUGGGGAAGGGAUAGUACACGACCUCCUUGGUGGCCAAAAGAGUUACCUUGGGCAAAUGUUCGUAUGGAUGCACGUUCCGAGGAUGAAAAACAAAAGAUUUCUUGGACACAUGCUUUAAGACAAAUAGUAAUAAAUUGCUAUAAAUUUCAUGGAAGAGAAGAUCUUCUACCAGCAUUCAGUGAAGAAGACGAUAAAUCUACUGUAUUAUUACAACAGUCAACUCCUCAUUCCUCGUCUCAUCCUUCACAUUCGUCUAGCCAGGGUCAAAGUGGACAGUCACAACAACAACAACAGACGGUGGGAGUUGUUCGUCUCAGCAGCACGGAUUCAUCUAAGGGAAACUCUUCGCCAGCACAAAUCAUUGCAACAUCUCCCACAGCUCUUGCCACUGCCACUCAGAUGACGGCACAGUAUCCAACUGCAGUGUUACAGACAAUAACGAAUCCUGAUGGUACAGUGUCCAUAAUUCAAGUAGAUCCGAGUAAUCCUAUCAUUACAUUACCGGAUGGUACAACAGCUCAAGUUCAAGGUGUAGCUACUAUCCACACAAGCCAAGGAGAAGUUCAAGCACUCGCAGAAGUAGCAGGUGGUGCGGAGGGUACUAGCGUUGCUGUUGAUCUAAACAGUGUAACUGAGGCAACAUUAGGUCAAGAUGGACAAAUCAUCCUUACAGGCGAAGAUGGUCACGGAUAUCCAGUAUCUGUGUCAGGAGUAAUCACUGUACCAGUGUCUGCAAGUAUGUAUCAAACUAUGGUGGCCAAUAUUCAAAGUGAUGGUACUAUGCAAGUCGUAACACCGAUGGUUCAAGUACCUAAAGUUGAACCUGGAAAUGGAGAAACCAGUAUUGAAGCUGUCACAAUUCAAGGUCAUCCUAUGACAAUGAUAAAUGCAGCAGGAGAACAUCAAGUUCUUCAAGUGAUAUCGUUAAAAGACGCUAAUGUUCUUACCAAAGCUAUGCAAGCAGACGUAGUGAAAGAUGAAGAUAGUCAACCACAACAAACCGUGUCUAGUCCAGAAUAAGCAACAUUGUGCAUAAUUAAUAGACAAGCUCUAUUAAAUCCAUUAAAAUAAAUUGGCGUGUAAUGAGAGUGUAAGAAAAAGAAGUGAAAGAAUUGUAAGGAUUUGUAUUUGAAAUAUUAAGGCAGACAAUUGUGUCUUGAAUUCUUGUGCAGUGCAGAUUCGCUAACUGCUCUUCUAAAUAAUGAGUGUGUUUGAGUGUGUAAAUGACAGGUGCGUUAAUCAAUGAAUUAAGAGUUUGUAUUCAAAAUUUAUUAUAGACCUAUACAAUAUUUACCUGUAAUUCUAUUUCUCCAAAGUAGUACGACUUUUUGAAAGUACUACUAUUUAAAGAAUAACUGUAUCUUCAAAAAUUUUAUUAAUUGCUCCUUAGGAGAGAUCUUUGUUAUAUGGAAAAUGCAAUACACAUUUUCCAAUAAUAAGUACGAUAACAAUAUAUUUUCAUCUAGUCCUAGAAUUGGUUAGAACUGGCUAAACUCUUAUGGAUAUUCCAAAGAGUUAUAUGUUUUAUGUUAAAUUAAUUUAAUAAGUAGAAAACUAUUUAUGAAAAGCACAUAUAUGAGUUUUUAACAUUAAGAUAAUAUUUUGAUGUUAAACUCAUCAUCAGUGUUAUAAUCUAUUUAAAAAAAAAAAAUGGAGCUUUUAAUAUAUUGAUAAAAUUACAUUUUUUUAUUUAUUUUUGGGCAUAUUGGAAAACAAUAUUUCAUAAAUGAUAAUUUCAAAAUCGUGUGAAAACAUAGUAUAUUGCAAAUUAAAAAAAAAAUUAACAAUCUGAUUUAGUGUAAAAAUAUAUAUUCUGAAUCAGAUUCAAAAUAUUUGGCUAUAGCCAAAAGACAUGUAACAUAUUUUUAUGACGAAAGAAUGAACCAAAUUUGUGCUUGGUUGUAGAGAUAUAUAUGUAUAGAUAUACACACAUACAUACACACAGGAUCACAUUAUAGCAGUAAAAAAAAUUAAGCAUUUCUGACGGGUACAAAUAGGAUAAGAUAUUUUUUUUCUCAAGAAGUUAAAUAUUUGCAUUUAACAUCCAAUAUACUUGAUUUAGGUGUGAUUGUAUACUUUAAUAUUUAAUAUUGAGUUUAACUUUUGGUCUUUUUUAAUUUUUUAAGGUUUUAUUAUUUUUACAUAAUAAAAAAACAUAACAUGAAAUUGUUACGAAAGUAUAAUGUUAUAUUUAUGUUUUUAGAUUAAGAACUGAUAUAUAACAAAUGCAAACUUUAUCUGGCGAUUGUGCUAAUAUUUUUUUCAGUAUAUUUAAGAAAUCAGUACUAGAUACACGAUUUUAAACGGAGUACCUUACAUAAAAAUUAGAAAAUACAUUGCUCUUACUGCAUUUUGAAGUAAUCAAAACAUGUCACUUCUAUUUUAUAUUACAGAAACCAUUCUUCGAUAGCAGUGAAGAGCCAAUUCACUUUUAUAUCUGAUACUAGAAAAACUGUAUUUACUUUGUGCAAUUUUGUUUCAAUGUUGCGGUAUAAGAAAAAAAAAAGAAAAUCUGAUAAACUGAAAUACUUUUAUUUGUGCAAUCACCCUAACAAAUAAAAAACAAUUUAUACAUAAUUUAUUUACAUUUAUUAAUAUACUUUAAUCAUAUCAAUAAAUACGAAAAUGCCAAGGCUUUUGUUCUAGAUGCUAAAUUUUUAUCUCUUAUUUAGUAAUGUUAAGUUAGAUUUUCUUUCUACACUUAUUCAAUAUUUAUUAUUGAUAAUACAUUUUUACCAUACACGAAGUUCCUGUAGAUUUGUAGUAGUUUUUCAUCCUUGUAACAUACAUGUUGGAAAAUAAGUCGUAACAUUGAAACAACAAGCUGCCUUUGGAACUAGGCAUAACAAUACCAAAAGUUUUUAUAAUAUUAUAGACAAAAGUAUUUAAAUUUAAUAACAACUAUUACUAGUGCAGAUUAUAUUGAUUAGAUAUUAAUUGUUGCAUUGUUUUGUAAAAUCAUGGCCAUUGAAAACGUGAUGUAAUAUAUAAACAUGUAUAGGUAAGAUCAUGUUGUAUUCUACAUUUUUGUUCAUGAAAGAACAUACCCAACAUAAAUUAAGUUCUAUAUCAUCUAAGAAGAACGUAUAUUACACAUUAGAUGAUUAUAGACAUAUAUGUAUAUGACUUUACUGCUGUGUAUCCUAUAAUGUAAUUUGUAAAUAUGUCGUGAUUGUGUCAUUUUUCUUUAUUUAAGUUCAGUGUAAAAAAAGUAAAUUGAGUCCAUUACCAUUUUAAACAUGACAUAAAGAACCAAUGGAAAAACAGUUCAAAUAUAGCACACAUAUCAUUUCAUUAUGUUUCCCACAUUACUUAAAUUUGCACUGACCCUUGUUUACAAUUCUUACAUAUUAUUUUAUUAAUAGAACUAUAAAGCACAGAUUGAUUGAUUAAUAAUUAGGAAAAUAACUGCAUAAUGAUCAAAAAUUUUUUAUUGAAUUAAGAAACACUUUUAUAAAUAGAUCUAUUGGAAGUACAUUUUAUUCAAUACAGUUCAACUUUUUGUGAACAACAAGCUUGAUAAAGAUGCACUUUCAUGUAUAAAUACUAAAAUGAAAAUUAAAACAUUUUUAUUUACAUUUCA